UGUGCAGAGCGUAAGGCAGCCGAAACCAGGCAGAAAGCGAAAGCCUCGAACAAGAAGGCGCAGGCCGAGGCAUCCCGCAAGUCAGCGGAAAGCAAAGCCAAAGCACUACAAGAGCGGUCUCAAGCUCUGCGAUCAGCAGUCUUCUCAGCCGCUCGAAGCGGUGACGCACAGAAGGUCAAGAAAAGCGUGUACGAGGACCAUGUCGACGCUGCAGGCGGUGAAGUCAAACGCGGCUGUGACGCGUACAUGACGACGUCGCCUAAGGACCCCUCGGAGACGCUAUCUCAUAUUGCUGCCAAUUACGGCGAUGUGGACUUGCUGCAAUGGCUUGACACGCACGGAGCGGACAUGGAGGAACGUAACGAGGCCGGGUACACACCUUUCCACGUCGCCCUGCAGAGGGGUUACACAACAGUCCUCAAAUACUUCUUCGAUAUGCAUGAGCCUGAUGAUUCUGAGGCCAUCUACAAGGCGCCGCCGUCCAAGUCUCUACUUACUCUUGCCGUGGAGUCAGCUCAGCCCGAGGUGGUGUGGAUGAUUCUGGACAAGAAGCUCGCAUCAACCAAAGACAUGACCGACGCGUGGGCAUACAUCACUUCCGAUGGCCGCAAAGCUACCUUGAACAAACUGGGCUUGGCGGAGCCGAGCGAUAAGGCUGAAGAAAUUGUGAACCUUCUCGCGACAUUUGGUGGCUUCACAAAGGAAGCUGACCUCGAGCCCGAAGCCGAACUUGUUACCACACCUCAGUCUAUUGGUCGCGUAUUCACAUCAUCGCCGCCACUUUUGGCAGGGUCUGGAAGUCCUCCACCCGCGCUCUCGUCUCAGAAUGGUGCCUCGCCCAAGAAAAACUACCGUAACUAUAACCGGAAGUCUGCUCCGCCCUCGACGCCGAGCCAGGCAAGCCCUAUUCAACUAGAAUCAUUAAGGCCCGCUUCUGCAUCUGGUCAGGAGACACCGCCGAAAUCUGCCGCUGAUAACCCCACGGCCAAUACGGAGCAUAACGAUCAACCCGCGCCGCCCCGUGGUAGAGGACGAGGCUACGGAAGGGGCCGAGGUCGGGAACGCGGUUUUAAAGGACGUGGGCGUGGAGGGCGACCUCCACCCGUAUCCUCGUGA